AUGGCUGAUAAAGAUCUUUACAACUUGAGUAAAAUAUUUUACUAUUUUCGAGAAAAUUAUUUCAAUCGGGCUUAUGUAGCCGCCAACGAUGGACUAAAGCGUUUUGUUAAUGAUGGGACAUUAAAAUUUUACAGUGCCAUAGCUCAAUUGAUGGAAGGAUAUCUACACGAGUCGAUGCGAGAACUAGAACUAUUAAGAAAUAAAGGAGAAUUUGCCUUGGGAUCAAUGUUGACAUUAAUCUACGCGCAUAAAAUGCACAAAAAUCCAGAUCGUGAAGCAAUUGUCGAACUCGAAACUAAAGUAAAAGAGUUGCGUAAACAAUCGGAUGAUAUGUCUCUAUUUUAUGCUGGUCAUGCACUAUUUAUAACAAGGAAACCAGAUAAAGCAUCCGAAUACAUUGAUCGAUCAAUCAAGCACAAUAAAACGAAUAUAUUUUCAUUAAGUUUGAAAGGUUGGAUAUUCAUCACGACAGAUAUUGUUAAAGAAUCAAAACAAUAUUUUGAACUUGCCCUGCAAGUUGAUCCUAAUUAUCCUGAUGCAGGAUUUGGUAUGGCAAAAUAUCGUGAAAUGCGUUCAAAUUUCUCUCAAGCACUUGAAUAUGUUAAUCGUAUACUUGUCAAUAAAACUGAUUAUCUACCAGCUAUAUUAGAAAAUAUGAAAUGUAUGUUAAAUACAACUGUGUAUGCAAGAUUGGGACCAAUGCGAAGAUGUUGCUCAAAGGCUCUGCAAGGAUUCAAUCGUUUAUUGCAAAGCAUGGAUAUGACGGAGCCAAAAGGUGCAUGGUUGUACUACGACACAUCACGCGUUGUAGCCAGAGUAUGUGGUCGAAAUAUACAAGUAUUACAACACGCAGAUGUACUGAUACAACGUGCAUUGAAUAUUGAUUCGUCAAAUCCCGAUUAUCUGAUUGAGGCUGGUUAUCAAGCAUUGAUGUCAAAUAAAUUUAAUGAGGCUAUGAAGUUUUAUCGUAGUGCAGCUAAAACAAAUGCCGAGAAUAUGGAAGCUGUAUAUGGAAUGAUUCACUGUCAAAUAUUAGAUGAAAAAUACGAUGAAGCACAACAACAAAUUGAAUUUCAGAAUGAAGUACAAACGACUAAUGGAAGUGAUCUGGCUUAUUUAAAAGCUCUAUUGGCUAAACAUAAAAAAACUUUACCACCAGAAGCUAUCAUUAAAUUAUUUGAUGAAGCAGCCGAUAAACACUUCAAAAAUCUGAAGGGUUUACCACUCGGUAAAAAGUAUCUCAUGUGUUUAAAUCCAGAUUUUGUUAUUGAAAUAGUGAAAGAGUAUAUGAGUAAUGCUUCAUCAAAACCAAUUGAACCUGGUCAACAGCCAGAUUCUUUAUUGCGGAAGUCAAGUGGUAUUUUAGAACCAUUAACAAAAGCUGUUCCCGGUUUACUCGAAGGUUUAUUUCUACUAGCAAAAGUGAAAUAUCUUUGCGGUGAAAUAGAUGAAGCUAAAAAAGUAUUAAAACGUAUUGUUGAUCAAGAACCAUCAUAUUCUGAUGCCUACAUAUUACUGGCACAAGUAUCUAUUCGUGAAAAUAAUCUUCAUGCAGCGAAUGAAGCACUCGAACAAGGUCUAUCAUAUAAUUUUGAAUUAAAAUCGCAUCCAAUAUAUCAUUUAAUACGAUCGAGAAUAAUGAAAAAAGAGGGAAAUUAUGAAGAAGCGUGUAAACUUUUACAAAAUGCUAUGGCAUUACCAGGUGUUAAAAAAGCAGUAAAAGAUACAAAACAAAAAGCAUCAUUAGCAAUGACACCAAGAACAAAAGCCAUCAGUGGUAUUGAAAUAUUAACACAAGAUCGUGUUAGUGUCUAUUUAGAAUUAGCUGAAAUACAAAUGUUAUUAAAUCGUGUACAUGAAGCUGGAAUAGUAAUACAAGAAGCUACAAGUGAAUUUCAAGGUACAAGUGAAGAAUCGAGAAUAUUAAUAACAAAUGUUGAAUUAGCAUUGAAACGUGGUGAUGUAAAUACAGCCAUUGAAAUUCUAACACAAAUUAAACCAGAUCAACCGUAUUAUGUACAAUCAAGAGAAAAAUUAGCAGAAAUCUAUUUAAAACAUAGACGAGAUAAAAAAUUAUAUAUCGGUAUUUAUAAAGAGCUCGUUGAGAGGGAUCCAAAGCCGCAAGCAUUAAUUAUAUUAGCUGAUGCUUAUAUGAAUAUUAUGGAGCCUGAUAAAGCAAUUGAAAUUUAUGAAGCUGCUUUACGUCAAAAUCCAAAAGAUCUUAUUUUGUUGAAAAAAACGUGUGAAGCAUUGAUAAAAACACAUUUUUAUGCUAAAGCUGUCAGCUACUAUGAAGCUAUUUUGAAAUCUGAACCACAAAGCGAAUUAAGGAUAAAUCUUGCCGAUUUGUUGAGUAAAUUGAAUCAAACAGAUAAAGCAGAAAAGAUAAUUGAUCAUCUAUUGAAAGAAGACGUAUCUAGUACUAAUUUUCAACAUGCACAGCAUGUUACAAAAGCCUAUGAAAUAUUAGCAAAUAUUCGUGAACAAACGAAACAAUAUGAUCUAGUGAAAGAAUGUUUAAUUAAAGCUAAAGAUAAUCAAACAAGAUUAUUAAAACGUACACAAUUGGAAGAAGAUGAUAUGCAAAAAGAAAAUAGAAAAUUAUUUUGCGAUCUUUGUUAUCGUUUGUCAGUAAUAUGUUUUAAUCAACGAGAUUAUGAGUCAGCAAUUAUCUAUUUAAAAGAAGCGGUUCUAGUUGAUGAUAAAAAUUUAAAAACACAAAUGAUGUUAGCCGAAGCUUAUCUCUACUCUGAAAAUAUGGAACAAUGUGAACAAGUGUGUGUAUAUAUGACAAAAACAUUUCCUAAUGAUAUUUCUGUUAAAAUUAUGAUGGCUAACUUUCUAUUGAGAAAAAAUGAAACAGAAAAAGCUAUUCAACAAUACAAAGAUUUAAUAGAGAAAAAUCCGGAUAAUUUUGAUCCAUUUGUUAAAAUGACAAAAGCCAUCUAUCGUACUGGUCGUCUUGAAGAAAUAUCGGAUAUAAUUGAACGUACUGAAAAAUCGAGUGUUCGUGCUCGUAAUGAUGCCGGUUUUAAUUUCGCCAAGGGUUUAUUGUGCUAUUAUUCCUAUAAACCAAAUGAUGCGUUAUCCUGCUUUAAUAAAUGUCGACGUGAUAACACUUAUAGUCGUCAAGCUGUUUAUGCAAUGGUUAAAAUUGUUUUAAAUCCUGAAAAUGAUAUAAUAGCAAGCGAAGAAGAUUGGAAACGAUUAUUACACGGACCGAGAAUGGAAGAAGCUCGUACUGCACAAACAACAUCCUUCAAACUGUUACAAGGCAUGGGAGACGUUUCAAAUGAUGUCAGGUAUCGUGUAUUAGAAAAUUGCUGUAUAGCACAUACGGGAGAAAAACAUAAUCUUGAACAGGCAACAGAAAACUUGACACAGAUACUUAAUGAGCAUAGAGAUAAUGUUGGAGCUAUGUGUGUAAUAAGUGAAUGUUUAAUCGGAUUAAAAAAUGUCCAAAAAGCUAGACAAUAUCUAAAACGAACAACAAAACUCACAUGGAAUAUAGAUGAUGCUGAUGAAUUAGAAAAAUGUUGGCUUAUGUUAGCCAUGACCUAUAUGCAAGCAUCAAAAUUAGAUGAAGCAUUAGGAUUGUGUAAAAAAGUUUUAAAUGUGAAUAAGUGUUCAACACGUGCACUCGAAUUUCUUGGUACGAUGAAUGAACAAACAGGUUCACACAAAGAAGCAGCUGAAAAUUAUGAAAAAGCAUGGAAAUAUAGUGGAAAAAAUCAACCAUCGAUCGGGUAUAAACUAGCGUUUAAUUACUUAAAGUCUAAACGACUAACAGAUGCAAUCGACAUCGCUCAUUUUAUUUUACAAAAAUAUCCAGAUUAUCCAAAAGUUCGAAAAGAAAUUUUAGAAAAAGCAAGAUUAAUGUUGAGGUGA